AUGGAUUUGGGAUUUUCUAAAUUAAUGAAUACAAAUCCAAUGUAUACAAAUUAUUAUUCAGAAAUUAAUAAUAAUAAUAAUGACAAUACAUCAAAAUUAUCAUAUCCAGUUGCUAGUUCAUUCUUUCAUUAUAAUUCUAAUAAUGAUUUAUCAACAACGACGACAACAACAACAACACCUAUGUUAAAUGAACAAUUAACUUCACAAAUAGAACAAUUGAAUAAUUUUUCAUUAAUUAAUGAAUCAAAACAUUUAAAUCAAUUAUCUAAUGAAAUGUCAAUGAAACGUUUAAAAUUAGAUAAUGUACAACAUACAAAUGAAUAUGAUUCAUCUAGAAAUUGUAAUAGUACAAAUUCUAUUAUACCAUGUGAUCUACGUGCUGAAAAUAAUGAAAUAAAUAAUGAUAUGAAUCGUCAAUUCAAUGUAAAUGAUACUAUUCAUACACAAUCAAUGAAUAAUCAUUCAUUAGAACAUGUACCAAAUGUUUCAAAUUAUAAUUUUUGGCAUAAACUCAAUUCUUAUCCAAUAUUUCCUUAUCGUUCGUCUCAUCAUCAUAAUACAAGUACUACUUAUAACUCUACUAAUGCUACUACUACUAUUAAUAAUGAUAAUCACUUAUCGAAUUAUUAUGAUCGAUAUAUGUGCAAUACAACAUUUCGAUAUUCACAUCCUUCAAAUAAUCCUACAUAUAAUUUGUCAAUUUUCCCACCCUAUUCACCAACUGGUGCACCAUCUCAUUAUUACCAUCAACAACAACAACAUAGUCAAGGAGAAUCGAACAUCAUGUCAGAGUCAAGAUUGUCAAAUACAUUCCCUUCAUUUAUUACUGAAUCUCAGAUAUCACUUCCAUCAUCUUCACCAUUAGUUACCAUGAUUACAAACACUACUAAUUUGCACAUAAGUAAUGCUUUAUUUUCAUCUCAUAUGAAUAGUAAUAAUGUCAAUGCACCAUGUAUAACUCUAACAGCUACAACUGUUAAAAAUUCCUUUUCUACCGUAUCGUCUGUGAUUACAUCUAUUUCGGAUACUCCUACCGAUACUAUUCAUAAUAAUCAUUGUAGCCAGAAAAAUUUAAAACGAAAGUCAAUAAAUAAUUAUGAUUUUAAUACAAGAUCACAAGAAGAUAUAAACAAAAAUAAAUCUGUUAACAAUUUAUAUGAAACAUCAAAUAUGUUGAAAGUCAAUAAUGACGAAGAUUUAAUUGACAAAAAUUGUGAAAAUAAUGAAACCGUUUUUAUUAUGUUAAAAUAUUAUUGUUAUGAAAAUGAUCGUAGUAGUGGUGGUGAUUAUUGUGAUGAUUGUUUAUUGUUUAUUCAUGAAUUGUCAACAAAUGCUACAAACGAUGAAUCACAACACUCACCAAUCUCAUCAUCAAUGGAUUAUUUUUCUCAAACAAAUUCCAUCUCACCACAAGACGAUAAUGUAUCACAAAUAAAUGUUUAUAAUAGUAAUAAUAAUAAUGAUAAUACUGAUAAUAAUAAUAUUAUCAUAAAGAAUAAAAAAAUACGUAAACCGCGUACAAUCUAUUCAAUAUGGCAAUUGCAAAUGUUAAAUCGACGUUUUGUUAAUUCUCAAUAUUUAAAUUUAACAGAACGUGCAAGUUUAGCAUCACAACUUGGCUUAACACAAACACAAGUUAAAAUCUGGUUUCAAAAUAAACGUUCCAAAUUGAAGAAAAUUCUACGUCAAGGACAAGAUCCUACAGCAUUUCUUAAUGGAACAACGAAUGAUACACCUGAGGAUGAUCAAAUGGGAAGUGAUUAUGAAGAAGAUUCACAUUCGUUAAAUUGUGGUGACACAUCGAAAUUGUCAUCCGAUCAAAUUGAAUACAACAGUCAUCAUUCACGUAUUCCACAUUCCAUACAGUCAAAUCCUCAACAUUUUCACUCAAUUAAUCAAAAUGAAGAUUUAGAAUUCAUUAAAAAUGGAACACAUGAAAUGAAUAACUUUCAGAAGAACAUAGGAAGAACUAAUGAUUAUGAUAAACGAUUUUUUCCUUUAAAUAAUAGUAAUACAAGCAGUGAGUUAUAUUUAAAGUCAAAAUUUCCACCUCAUUCUAAUGAAUCCAUGAAUCAAUUAACUGAUGAUGAAGCUAUCAAAAUUCCUACUCAUCAAUAUUUAACAUACACUGCACCUAAAUUAACCAGUGAACACCAUACAAAUACUUUUAUUCAAGCUGAAGAUCAUGUACCAGUUAAUAAUAUUCAAAAUCAUUUAUUAACUGAACAAUCAAAUAAUGUAAGUUGUAAUCUUUCGUCACAUUCCCUUUCUCAAUGUAAUACUCAUUCAUCGAAAUCUUCAUCACCAUAUUCUGAUGGUAAACAACAAAGUUAUUCUGAAAAUAUUAUUCAUAAUGAUGAACAAUGUUCACAUAAUUCAUGGUCUUCAUCACUUCCUACAAUCCAACAAAAAUCUAAUGUAGACGAGAACUGUUCAAAUUUACAAAAGAAAUCUGACUGUUCAACAUAUCAUACAAAUUCUAAUUGGACUUCUCUAAACAAUCAAUCAAUUCAUGGUAAAUCUGAUGAAAUUAAUCUUGAUAUUCAAUUACCACCGUCAUGGUUACCAAGUUCAGUGAAGAAUUAUCAACCUACUGAAAUUUUAAAUACAGUAUCUACAGAAGAAUGUAAAUUAUUCACUGAACAUGAAGAUCCAGUUAAUCAGUGGUGUAUUGAUCAGCCUAAUUUAAAACCACAAGCUGAAUCGACUAUAAUCGAAGUUCCAUAUGAAUAUACCUAUUAA